AUACAGAGCAACUGUGAGAGAGGGAAAGCAGCAAACCGGGGACAAAAUUCAGGAGUCACUCGCAAACUUACUUACAGGGGAUUUUCCACAGCUGAAGUUUACACAGUACUUCUUCAGUGGUUUCUUCGGACUUGGCGAGUUUCUCCUUGUUCUGUCGUAACGAUGAUGCAUACCGCUUUCAACACGGAAUGCGACUCUUCCUCCCGUUGCAGCACCGCUUCACCGGCCGGUGAUAAUGUGGGAUACUACCCGUCACCAGCAGGAUCAUACUCGAGCAUGGGGUCUCCUCAGUCUCAGGACUUCACCGACCUGACGGUAUCAAGUGCCUCUUUCAUUCCCACUGUCACUGCCAUCUCCACAAGCCCAGAUCUGCAGUGGAUGGUCCAGCCUGUGAUCUCCUCAGUGGCCCCUUCUCACAGAGCUCACCCUUACAGCACCAGCCCAUCUUUUUCUACACUUGCUAUGAGGUCCCCAGCAUCCAAGGCGCACAGCACUUCCAAGAGGGGGCGAGUGGAACAGAUUUCACCUGAGGAGGAGGAAAAGAAAAGAAUUCGCAGAGAGAGGAACAAGCAGGCGGCGGCAAAAUGCCGCAACAGAAGACGGGAGCUUACUGACACGUUGCAAGCUGAAACCGAUAAUCUGGAGGAUGAGAAGUCUAACCUUCAGAAUGACAUUGCUGACCUUCUGAAGGAGAAAGAGCGGCUAGAGUUCAUCCUGGCUGCCCACAGGCCCAUCUGCAAAAUUCCCUCAGAGCUGGACACAACUUUUCCCAUUGCCUCGGUUUCUCCUGUUCAUUCCUGCUCCACUGAGGUGACCCCUCAGCCUCAGAGCUCCAUCUCAGUAGCUACCACCACCGCUCCCAGCCAGUCAGUCUUCACCUCAAUCUCCAAUUCAAUCUUCUCCUGCAGCCCUGUUCUCUCCACAUCCACGGUCUCUGACAGCACAGUCAAAAUGAUCGACCUGGACACCUCAGCCUUGGAGGAAUCCCUGGAUCUGCUGGCGAAGACAGAGAUGGAGACUGCAAGGUCAGUGCCAGAGGUAGACCUGUCCAGUUCCCUGUACACUACUCAGGACUGGGAGCCCCUCUACACCUCAGCUGGCAACAAUGACUUUGAGUCCCUUUGCACGCCUGUGGUGACCUGCACACCAUCGUGCGGCACUUACACGUCAUCAUUUGUGUUCACUUAUCCCGAGUCUGACGCCUCUCCCACCUGCGGCGUGGCUCACAGAAGGGGAAGCAACAGCAACGAUCAAUCCUCUGAUUCUCUAAGCUCACCAACCCUUCUUGCCCUCUAAGGACACUUUAAAACAACAGUAUUUCCUGUCAAGCACAUUAAUACACAAUGGUAAAAGAAAUAAAAACAAAAAAAACAAUGUAAAAAAAAGAAAUACAGAUCAUAGGGCUAUGGAAUAGAUUUGUACAACUACCCUCAAGCAAAUAUUUUUAAAAAAAAAGCCUAACCUAUGCCUAUUUCAACUUUGUAGCAAGGCAAAGCAUGUUUAAAGUUUCUGAGUUUACAACUAGUUAGUAUUUGAUUUAAUGGUGCUGGAUAACACAUUCAUUGUAGUGUUCCUGUGUUCAGAGCAAUAGUUACUUUGACCAGUUUUUUUUCCCCUGGAUUUUGAGAGUUGUGUAUCCAAUGUGUGUGAUGUUUGAAACUGAUGUACCUCUGUCUAACCCUGGUCUGAAUGGUCUUAGCGAGGCGUUUUCUGUGAAAACACUAGUGUUUUUAAUUUAUGAGAGUUAAAUUUAUUUUUUUACAUAGCGUAACGAGAAAAAUGAAUGUUCUUUGUAAAAAAGUGUAAAUAAAUCACAGUAAUAUUUAAA